GGCCGACAGUAAAGUCAGUGUUGCGCGUGAUUGCGAACGCAUGCGCGCGUUCUCGCGGCGAUCUUUUAAGAUAUAAACGAAAACUAACGAAAUACUGAAAACUAUAAUCCCGAACUGUUUAUAACGAAUUCGAUAUUCAAAUCAGUGAAAGUGACAGUUUGUUCGUUUUUUGUCUGUGGUUUUGUUUCUUUUAUAACUUAGCGGCCUUAGACAGUGCCUUGUUUGCUUUGUUGACCUGAAACAGCUGUCAAAAUACCUAUUAUUCAGAUUAUUCAAGAAAUCGGAAACGAUGGGCUGUAGUCGUAUAAAAAAAUAACGAUAAACAAAAAAAGGUAUCGGACCCGGAACCCAUCGGGCUCAUAACGCUACGGGGAGUAAAGGCGGACGGACACGGGCGUAAUAAUAUAAGUAGGCCCUCCGACCUACAAACCAACGUGCAAGUGGAAUCAAGAUCGAAAGUAUUACUGAUUAAAUUCUAAUAGAAGGGUGACAAUAAUAUGCCUUCUAGAACUCAGGACAAUCAAAUAGAAAUCAUUCCAAUGCAGCAACCUUAUCACGAGACUUGAUAAAACCUAUGCAACAAUCACAAUCGCUAAUUGGGUAAUAAUCUUGGACUAUUUAAAUCCAAAGUUUAAUUCGAUAAAUCUUUUAAAUCUUUAAUUCGAUAAUUGAAAUUGUACUAGAAUUCAGCAAUCAAACAUCAAAGAGUUCGCUAGUGCACUAAAUCAAUAAUCCCAAUUACAAUGAUAGCAACUUUUGGUUGAAAUUCUAAAGGUUGGAGCAAAAAAUAGAAACCUACCAUACCUGUCAAGGACACGUAAGAGAUCUAUAUCAGAAAACCCUCAAAUAACGACCAAUUAUGGUCGUCAAUUAAUAAAUCAGUAAUUCGGUACAACAAAGGUUAAAUAUGAAGAUGUCUUUACAAGUGACAUAGAGUAGAGAACUCAAGAUGGCGCAUAAAGUGAAGACCAACCACUAUGUGGCGACGCAUCGGUCGGGGGUGGAUUCGCCGUCUUCGGGAGGGUACCUGCACAGAUCCUCGAGGGAUGAGAAUGAUAGUCAUCGAGCACCUUCGGAAAGAACGCUGUCGGAAUAUACGACGAUAGACGAGCGGACGCGGUCCCCGUCUGGUGGCGGCGAGCGCGACAGGCGGAAUGGACGAAGGCACCACAAUGGCAAUGGAUCGCCGCGGGACUCCGGCUCCGAGGUCUACGUCACCAGCGCCGCUUACCGACCACCCUCCGAAAUCAGUCGGCAAUCGCGCGCGCCUCGCAGUGUCUACUCGUACAGAAGUGCAGUGGCGCCCUCCGUUGCUUCCACGCACCGCUCCAAAGUCUCCAGGAAGGCUGGGGUGAAAGUGGAUGCGAUGGCGGCGCCCAAUCCCCUGUGUCCCAACGUGAAGGGCAUGUGCUGUCUCAUGCUGCUGCUGAACCUGGGCCUCAUCCUCGUCACGCUGGGCUUCGUCAUCGUGCUGCAGUUCUUUGAACCACUGUUUGUUUGGAUCCUGGGUAUAGUCUUCCUCAUAUUCGGCUUCAUCACCCUAGUGGGCAGCCUCAUCUACUGCGUGGUUCUCUGCCGGGAGAACCCCUACCCUCGACACCCCGAGGACUUCUACUGGACCCACCACUGGUCCAAGACCAUCGGCCCUUCGGAAAUACACUACAGUGCUAGUGAGAAACCGUAUCGCCAAAAUGGACAUAAUGGACAUAGAUACGACAAAUACAAUGGAAACGGAAAGUAUUCCGAUAGAGAAAGUGCUAAGGGUUACUCGGAUAGAGAGAGUAAGUUAAGUAGGUACUGAAUGUUUGAUUAAUAAAGCUGCAGACACAUUGUUGUGGUACCUACGUCGGGAUACGGGAUGGUACAAGGCGAUCAGAAUCAAACAUUUUAAGUAUACUUACCUAUAAUAAUUAUUAUUAUACGCGAGAUGUAACCAGAAUGCUAGCAAAAACUUAGCGUGUCCUAUUUACGGAACGGUCAUUGACCUCUAGCGUCAGUUAGAUGUUUUAUUUGCAAUAU